UCCGCGCUCGCAGCAAGUUGGCCGGAGGAGGUGACAAGAGCCACUGACCCCUCCGGUCCCCUAAACCCAAGUCUGCGCGGCGGGGCGGGGCGCGGCGGGGCGGGGCAGGGCCGGCGGAAGUGUGUCCCGGUCCCCUUCCGGCGGUGCGCAGCUCCUGCGACUCCCUCAGCUCCGCGCUCCGCGUUCCGGUCUGGAGGUGUCCACCCCGCCCCGCCCCUACCGCCGCGGCCUCCCCGCUCCCCGCCCCCGCCCAGCGCCAUGGCCGCUGCGGCCGGGGACGGCGCGGCGAAGCCACUGCAGAGCGCCAUGAAACUGGCCAACAAGGCCAUCGAGCUAGACACCGGCAACCGGCCCCGGGAAGCGUACGUGGAAUACCUGCGGAGCAUCCACUACAUCUCCCAGGUAUUGCUCGAAGACGUGGAAAACACUACAGAAGCUGGGGAAACUGUGCCCCCUGAGACCUCAAAGAUGCUAAAGCUGGCUGAACAGUGUCUGGAGCGGGCCCAGUCAACAGCUACCAAGCUUGGGAGAAUAUGCCUGAAGCCAGCCGUACCUGCGGCUCCUCCCACACCCUUGCCAACCAGCCGACACCGCCGAGUGUGUUCAGAUGAAGGGGGGAAGCUUUCUCCUUUCCUGCCCCCUGAGAUCUUCCAGAAGCUGCAGGUGGCAGAAUCACAAAACUCUAAGAAGGAGCUGACACCACUGGAGAAGGCCUCCCUACAAAACCAGAAGCUGAGGGCCACGUAUGAAGCCCGGAUGGCCCGUCUGGACCCCAGCCAGGCCAUGCAGAAGACAUCGCUGACCCUGUCUCUACAGCGGCAGAUGAUGGAGAAUCUGGUGAUCGCCAAAGCAAGAGAAGAGACACUACAGCGGAAGAUGGAGGAGCGCCGCCUGCGCCUUCAGGAGGCUGCCAACAGGAGGUUCUGCAGUCAACUUGCUCUGACCCCGGAGGAGCGGGAGCAGCGAGCCCUCUAUGCUGCCAUCUUGGAGUAUGAGCAAGACCAUGACUGGCCAAAGCACUGGAGAGCCAAGCUCAAGAGGAACCCAGGGGACCUGUCGCUAGUGACCAGCCUGCUCUCCCACUUGCUCAGCCUUCCCGAUCACCCAAUCUCCCAGCUCCUGAAGAAGCUGCAGUGUGCGGUAUACAGUGCACUGUACCCAAUUGUGAGCCGGGCUGCCACCAGUGCUGCACCUGCCCCAGGCAGCUGCUCCCUGCCCCCAGAAGCCAACGGCCUCCUGGCCCCUGGGAGCCGGCGACUUCGGUCCUCCCAGAGCCUCUACUGCAUGCUUUCCCCCUCCGAGCCCAGUACAGCCCCACGAGUGCUGGAUGGACCUCCUCCCACGUCCUCUGUCCCCACACUCCACUCAGGCCCCCUGGACAGAGAGGCAGACGGCAGCCCAGCAGGGCCCUCCUCGCCCCUGGUAGAUGCUUUAUCCCACCUGCCAGACAAGGACAGCUCCUUUGAGGACCUGGAACAGUUUUUGGCUAUGUCUGAGCCACAGACCCCAGGAGCAAAGAGGGAACCCUUGCUGGAGUGUCUGAAGAGCACAGUCAAGGACAUUCACAAUGCCAUCGAUAGACUGCUCUCGCUGACCCUUUUGGCCUUCGAAAGCCUGAACACAGCCACCUCCAAAGACCGCUGCCUGGCCUGCAUCGAGGAGCCCUUCUUCUCCCCACUGUGGCCUCUGCUGCUGGCCCUCUACAGGAGUGUGCACCGUACCAGGGAGGCCGCUGUGAGCAGGAGCAUGGAGCUGUACAGGAACGCACCCCCUACAGCCCUCGGCAUCCCCACCAAGCUCCUCCCACGCGUCCCCGAAGCUCAAGCCUCCACCUACCCCUACUGCACUGCAGCCCAGGAGCUGGGGCUGCUGGUCUUGGAGAGCUGCCCUCAGAAGAAGCUGGAGUGCAUCGUGCGGACGCUGCGGGUCAUCUGCGUCUGCGCGGAAGACUACUGCCGUGCCCAAGAGGCCAGGCCUGAGGGGCAGCCCCAGCCCCCUGCCGCUGCCAUUGGCGCUGACGACCUGCUGCCCAUCCUGUCCUUCGUGGUGCUGAGGAGCGGCCUCCCCCAGCUGGUGUCAGAGUGCGCGGCCCUGGAAGAGUUCACUCACGAGGGGUACUUGAUUGGAGAAGAAGGGUAUUGCCUGACAUCACUGCAGAGCGCCCUGAGCUAUGUGGAACUUCUGUCCCGGGGACGGCUGGACAAGUAGUGGUGGCUGGACCUCACAGACCAAAGGAGCCACAGGACCUCCACACUGCACUGCAUAUCUGGUGUGGGGACACUGGAGGCCAGCCUGCUGUGGUAGCACUCUAUAGCUCUUGCUCACUGUCUUUACCAUGCAUCUGUCCUGGAGGCCUAGGACAGUGCCUCUUUAACAGGGCAUGGCUGGCUGAGUCAGGCCUGCCCCAGACCCCAUAGGAGAAUUCUAGCUGCCGUUCCCUGGGGAGCCUGCAGCACUGAUUGGUGGCUCUGACCUCUUCUCAUGGACACGAGGCAGCCCCGACUGGGGUAUCAGCACAGAAGUGGGUAUUGGGAACCUUGCCGGGCCAGUCUAGUUUUACACGCCUCCAGUCUCCUGAGACAGCCCAAGUUUGUGUGAGCCAGUUUCUUGUUAGUCACAAGUGGGCUUUACCCUGCCCCCAGAGAACUGGGUGUAGGUAGUGUGAGAUGUGCUGUUUAUUUACCAGGUAGCAACUUCCCUGUUUGCUUUUGCAGGCCCGGGUGUCACUGCCCAGGCCUGGGUGAUGAGCCUUUCUCCUACCAAGGUCCAGGACAUCCUGCCCUGGGCUUAUCUUGGUUGGGGACAGUGAAAUAUGUUCAGAACACUGGCUAACAAAUACAGUUGUACAGACUCUUCAAUGUCAGAGUCUAGAGGUCUCUAAGUGGCUACCAACUCAGCCUAAAAUAAAGAAGUCACUCUAUCGAA